CUUCCCAGAAAUCCCAAAAUCCUAAACCCUAAAAAAGCACAGGCUUACCCAAAAUCGCCAUCUCUCCCCAGAACGAAGAGCCAUGCAGUUCUCUCAGGACGACUUCGACCGCCUCAUGCUCUCCGAUCACAGCCGCAAGACCUGCGAAGCUCACUAUGCCAAGAACCCUCUCGAUGCUGAGAACUUAGUCAAGUGGGCCUCUGCUCUGUUCGAGCUCUCGCAGUUUCAGAGCGUCGCCGACGCCAGGUCGAUGCUCGAUGAUUGUAUUUCGAAGCUGGAGGAGGCUCUGGUGAUAGAGCCUACGAAGCAUGAGGCUCUGUGGCAUCUAGGUAAUGCGCAUACCUCUCAUGGAUUCAUGAAUCCUGACUUUGACGAGGCCAAGCCUUAUUUUGACAAGGCGUCCCAGUAUUUCCAGAGGGCAGCCUCCCGGGAGCCUGGCAAUGAGCUUUAUCUGAAGUCGUUAGAAGUCACAAUUAAGGCACCAGAGUUGCAUAUGGAGAUUCAUAAGCAAGGAAUGGCUCAACAGGCACUAGGUGGGGGACCAGCCACUUCUUCAAGUGGAAAGAGUUCCAAGGCUAAGAGGAGCAGUGAUCUCAUUUAUGAUGUGGCUGGAUGGAUAAUCCUUGCUGUUGGCCUUUUUGUAUGGGUUGGGGUGAAAUCCAACGUGCCACCGCCACCACCACCCUCAAGAUAAGCUCUGUAUUUCUUCUGACUAAAGUAACUGUUGCAGUGCAUUUGAUUGAAGAUUAAUAUCUACUUUAAAAAUUCAUCUGGGUCGAAAAGUGUAGUAUUUUAAGAAAUUAUGUUGUAUGCAUGGUUAUUUUGACCACCAUGUCUUAUGUAGGAAUAUGAAUUUUAUUUAUAUGAAUAAUUGUUUGUUCUUCUACAAAUAUGGAAUAUUCUUUGUGUUGGUUGGGUUA